AUGCUCGCUCGCCCCGGCCCCUCCUCGCCUGCUUCUCCUGUAGUGCGCACCGAGCCAGCGGCGGCUUCAGGCUCGGAAAGGUCCUCCGCGGGCUGCGGCGGCGGUGGCGGCGGCAGCGAAGCCGGAGGAGCCGGGCCGGUGGAGCGGCGUCCCCCGCUCGCCGCUCCGCUGCGCGCUUUGCAUAAGGAGGGCUCGCCUCGCCGGCCGGGCUGCAGGCGGGGCGCGCGCGGCGGCCGCUCGGGGCUGGAGGCGCGGCGGGCGGCUGUCCGAGCGAGCGGCGCGGGCCUUGGCACGGGGGAGAGUUAA